GUCUCCGUAUUUAAACUACCGGUCACCCUGGUCCCAGCGCGGAGCCCCGGCCAGUGCCACCAAAAGCUGCUCCCAGGCUGGUCCUUGUCCCGCGCUCCCUCUCGCGUCCCUCCUGCCCUCGGGUGCCUGCGGACGCCUCCAGCUUCCUCCUUCACGUUUGUUAUUCAUGCAGCAUCACCCCCCGCUUCACGGAUUUACCGAGAUCUUCUUGAUUUGACCCUUACUUUUCAAUUCUUCCGGCAUAUUAGGCUCUAAAAUAGCCUGGGAAUACAGCUGCUCUAUGCCAAGCAAACCAGUAAUCACGGGUUUGUGCCCAAGCCCAGGGAAGGAAAUACCACCAACUAAAAACUGUGGGAUUUCUUGCUUUCUGACCAAGUUGCCACAGCGCGGUGACGGCAACACUACCGGGCAGCCUGUGUGACGGUCUGCGCGGCAGAGACGCGGCUGACUGCGAUGGAAACCAUCCGACCCCAUGGAGGAGCUGCAUCGCUGCUUGACAGACGUUUCCAACCGCAAAUAGCAACCGACUCCAAAGGGAUUUGCAGCAGGCACAAGGCUACGUCAGGCCACCGAGGAAGGAUGUGGGCUUACACUGUUGGUUUUACCGUCCUGCCUCAUGUUGGAGGUUUCCUUGGCUGGUUCAUUAACCGCAAAGAAAUACCUGUUUGGUAUGAGAAGCUGAAAAAACCUUCAUGGUGUCCAUCCCGCAAAAUGUUCCCUGUGGCUUGGACCGUCCUGUACACGGGCAUGGGCUACGCCUCCUACCUGGUGUGGAACGAGCUGGGGGGCUGCAGCAGCAAAGCCAUCGUCCCCAUGGGCCUCUACGGGGCUCAGCUGGCCUUGAACUGGGCUUGGCCGCCCUUCUUCUUCGGUGCCCGAAACCUGCGGAUGGCGCUGAUCGACAUCCUGUGCCUGGACGCGCUGGCCAUCGGCACCGUGUGCUCCUGGUACCGCAUCCACAGGACGGCCGCGCUGCUGCUGCUGCCCUACCUGGGCUGGCUGGCCAUGGCCACCUGCCUCACCAUCCGCAUCUGGAAGGACAACCCUGAGCAAAAGCCGGGAAAGAGUGAAUAAGAGCCGGACAGACACGAAAGCAUUUUCUCAAACUAAACUAUGCUGGUGUGAACCAAGACCCAAUGAUCCGGGGGAUUCAUUUUGGGACAGUGCCGCCUCCUCCCGCCUGCACCGUGGUUGUGCAAAGGGAAGGUUUGCACCCCGCGCCUGUGUGCUCCUGUACAGUAACCGUGCGCCCUUAACCUGGGCACUGUUUUCUCCAGCACUGUCGAGGUUUGGGGGCUACCGCCGUGCAGGGCCCUUAGCGCCUCCAGGUCAGAUUCCAUUCGCCAAAUUAGGAUCUCAUGAUCCCAGCAUAAUUCAGAGCAGAAAUCCUGGACGUCCCUCGGAGCCGCUGCCAUUCCCCCAGGAAGCAGCGCUUGUUCACACAUGUGGUAAAUCCCACCUCCUGGGACCAAACAAAAAUGCCCUUCGCUCACACACACAAUUUUUUAAGAACUUUUUUGCUAUUUGUGCUGUUGCUUCAUUUUCAUGUAUCACCUGGUUUGCUCUUUACACCAUUAAAGUUUUAACUGCCAGCGCCUGAGCAAGCAGCGAUCUGUCUCGUUGUGCUCGGGAAGGAGACGGGGCGCUCUGGCUUCUAUUUGUGGAGUAGGAAUGAUUGAGGGCACCGUCGUGCCUGUCGUGCCCUGGAGAGCGGGAAGGCAGGAGAAGGGGCCGAGCGGCUGCCAGCCAGCCCUGCUCUGCGCUGGGGAGAUCCCACUGAAGCUGGUGAGUGACUCUAGAGCCGGUUUCAAACCUGCAGCGUGUUAAUAGCAUUUCCAAAUAUAAAUACCUCCCUCCCCCCACCUUUUUUUUUUUCUGUUCAGAUAAAGGAAAACCUGGAAUUCC